AUGUACCAACGUCUGGGUGAAUUAGUAAACAAUAUUUGUAUCGACGCCAUUUUACUUGUGUUGUGUACUAGUACUUUAAUUGCAGAAGUGGAAUGCCGAAAGACAUCUCCACCACUAUUAUUAUUGGUUUCCUUCGAUGGUUUUCGUUAUGAUUACCCUGACAUGUAUUCAUUAGAAAAUUUUCACCUGUUAAAUAAUAUUGGUGUUCGGGCACAAUCAAUAAGCGCAUUUGCAACCACAACAUUUCCAAAUCAUUUUACAAUGAUUACUGGAGUCUAUCAGGAAACACAUGGAAUAAUUUCGAAUAAUAUGUAUGAUCCCGUAAUGAAAUCAGUAUUUAAAGUAGAAACGAUGAAUGACACAAGAUGGUGGAGUCAAAAUUCGCUUCUCGAGACAAUUUGGAAAACAAAUGAAGUAGAAAACAUAAAUGAACGGAAGUCUGGUGUAAUCGGAUGGCCUGUAAGUUUAGAAACUCCAAUUAAUGGUCAUCGACCAAGUAAGUAUGAAGUAUUCGAGAAAAAACGUCAAUUUAAAGAAAUUAUUGAUACAAUGAUAUCAUGGUUUCUGGAUGAAAAAGAACCGAUUAAUUUUGGUUCUAUUUAUUAUCGUGAACCGGAUGCUGUCGGCCAUAGAUACGGCCCUAAUUCUAAAGAGGUGAAUGUGACAGUGCACGAAUGUGAUGAAUUACUAGGUUACUUAAUGAAUAAAAUAAAUACAAGUGACCUUCUUAAGAAUGAUUUAAACGUCAUAAUAGCAAGCGAUCACGGUAUGGAACAGGUCAAUGGUAUCAACAACUUGACUUACAUUGAUGAUUAUGUUAAUACGUCGUUAUUUCAUUAUUAUGGCACUGUAACAGUGAUCAGCAUUUUCCCUCAUGCAGAUAAUGAUACUGAUGUUAUUUACGAAAAUCUAACAAAGAUUCCACAUUCUGUUGUCUAUAAAAAAAAUGACAUCCCUGACAAUUAUCAUUAUAAAAAUAAUAUAAGAAUAGGACCUAUACUUUUAGUGGCAGAUGGUGGUUUUGAAAUUUUAAGUCGUCCAGUAUCCAAAAAUAUCUCUGAUGGUAGUUUUGAUGGUAACAUAACAUCAAAUUUUGAUAGAACUAAAACUCAUGGAAAUCAUGGCUAUGAUAAUAGUUUAAAAACAAUGCGAUCAAUAUUUUAUGCAUAUGGACCACAAUUUCGUAAAAAUUUUACAUCAUCAAUACCAUUUUACAAUGUUGAUUUAUAUUCUUUAAUGUGUAUUAUCUUAGAUAUUAAAAAUAUUCGGCAAACAAAUGGUUCAUUUAAUAAUAUUAAAGAUUUUUUAUUAGAUCAAUCAAAAAUUAAUUCGAAGAUUUUUGGACAAAGUUCGAUUUUCUCAUUUGCAUCAUCAUUACCAACUAUUGUACUUGUAGCAAUUUUAUUAUCAUUAAUUAUGGGCGUUGUAUGGUCAAUUAUUACGUGUCGUUAUGCUCCAAGACCUAUUCACGUUGAAUCAGUAACAACAACAAUUCCACAUCGCUAUCAAUUAUUAAGCACAAAUGAUAAUGAACAUCAUCAGAAACAACAACAAAAUACAGACAAUAAAACUAGGGAAUUUCUUGGUGAUAAUGAACUCUAA